GCAAUCGAGCGGUUUCGUACGUUUCGAAAUCCAAAAGAACGCGUGAGUGAAUUAACGAUGAAAGAAAAGUUUUAGCUUAGAGUAGUGUUUUUGUGAUUGAAUUGAUUGUUUGUUUGUUUUGUUGUCUUGCGAGACUCACAACAAUAAAAAAGAAUAUUACGCGAGUGCUGUUUUUUCACUUUAAAUUAGAGUAAAUAGAAGUAGUUGCUAAAAAAAAGAAAUAACAAAACGACAACGAAAACGUAAUGUCCCCGAAAACGUAAUCAAUUCGCAUACCAAAUAAUCGAUGUGUUAUGAAAAGUUAAUUGAAAUCUCAAGAAUUAUUAAAACAAAAUAAAAUUAAGAGGUAGAGGUAGAAAAAGAAGAAGAGGCAGAAGCUAAAUAACAACAAAGUGAGCGUAACGUAAAAAUUAAAUUUGUAAAAAAAGAAUUGAGCAAAGAGUGUAUCUGCUUUGUAGUGUUAAUACAAAACGUGAAAAAGAGAAUCAAGAGAAGAAAUUAAUUUUUUUGUUGUUGCUUUAAUAAAUAACAAAGUGUUUUUUCGUUCGUUCGUUUUUUUUUUUGGCCAACAGCAUAGGCCGAAAGAAAUAAUAGUAUAAAAAUAAAACAAAAUGAGAAAAAGGAACGCCUGAAAACAAAACUGGUGGAACGAGUUGUAAGCAAGAAAUGCCAAAAUAAGAAAUCAUUCACAGAGCAAAGGCGGCAGGCUGAUUGGGGUCCCCCACUACAAGGCAUUCUCUCCCCUACCCGAAAAGAAAACAACAACAAAAAAGUUCAGUGCUUAAUGUUAUGAUGUGUGAAGCGUCUUGAGUGUAUGUGCAAGGCAUUUCUAUGGCAACAACAUAGCAGAGAAUAAUAGGCUUCGGAAAAAAGUUUCUUAUACAAAACAAAAGCUGCCUAAUUUUGAAAUCAAAUUCUAAAAACAGAAAAAAAACAACAAUAACAACUCAAUUGCACCACACCCCGUUUCAUAGACAGACAAUCCAAGCAAAUGAUUCAGCAGCAGUGGAAUUAACAUUUGUUUGUCUGUUUGUCAGUGUUUUAAAAAAUAGCCUUGUUGUUGUUGUUGCUGCUGCUGUUAUUUCAGCGUAACCUUGAAAUUGCAAUUUUCUUUUGCACUGCAACCAACGACUUGCCAAAAACAAGUCGUGUUUUGUUGUUCAGCAACCAACCAAAAAUCCUGGCAGAGAAGAAUAACAUCAACGAUUUCCAUUUUCCAAUAACAAUAAAAACCACAACAACACCAACCACCUAUAACAACAAAUGUCAAUUGCAAAACAUUGUUGGUUGGUGCUCAUCCUUUAACUGCUGCUGUUGCUGCCGCCGCUCUUCAACAAAUGUUGUUGACACUCUCUCCCAACAAUUGAUGAAACAACGGCUGUUUUCUCACCACAGGAAGUGUGAUGUCAUAUUGAAGCUCUCUUUCCUGUUAUGACAGAGAUAGCCCUGCUCUAUUUCCAUGUUUUCUCUCGUUCUAUGUUAACUAAACAUUGCUACUACAACAAAACGAAAACAACAACUACUGCUUCUGCUGCUAUCUGUCGAGAGUAAACAAAUGCAAAUGUUGUUUUGCUGGCUCUAUCGUCGUCGUUAAACAUUGGCAGAGCAAAGACAAAACAUAUGUUUGUUAUUAACGACAGCAGUAACGAGAAAAAUAGCAACAACACCAUCAUCCAAGGAAAUACCUUUGUUUGAAAACCAAAAUAUAAUAAUUUGCAAAAGUUCGUGCUGGUGCAUUUGUUUAGCAAAAUGCCUUCUCUGCUAAGGCCCCAUCGUCAACCGCAACAACAACGACGACGACCUCUUUGUUGUUUUCGCCAACUCUCCUCUCCAGUUUCCGCUGUACGCCAUGGAUUUAUUUACUUCCUUUGUGCAUUUGCAAUUGCCAGCAUAUGUCUGCCAAUGUCAAUGGAUGCUGCAGCAACUCCAAUAUCAUCAUCAACAACAACAACAACAGUAAAUGUUAAAACGGAUACCCAGUCAAAAGCUUCAUCAUCAUCCGCAUCAUUGCCCUCAUCAGCCUCCUCCGCAACAUAUCGAAGUCAUGCAACGACGACAACGACGGGUGCUAAACCAGAAACACAAUCAGCCACUUUUUCUGCCACCACUACUAAUGUUGUGGAUGAUUUCUCAACGCAUUCUGUGAUAUAUCCAAAAAUUCAUCAUGCCAGGCAUAAACGAGAGCUGCGUCAUACCUUGGAUACGGAUGGUCUUCAUGUGCCCCAUAUCACAUUAACGUAUCAUCACAAAGGUCAACGCAUUUUAAUUGAUCUGAAACGUAACGAUAAUCUACUGCCCGAUGAACAUUUUUUACGUUAUCAAAAUUCGAACGCAACCCAUGGACAUGUUGUGCAAAAUUUUACCAAGACUGAAGUUGAUUUAUGCCAUUAUCAGGGCACCAUACGUGACAUGCCCCAAUCAUAUGUGGCCGUAUCGACAUGCAAUGGCGGCGUCAAUGGUGUCAUUUUCGAUGGCAUUGACACAUAUUUCAUACAUUCUGGCAGCGAUGGCCAAUUGGAGGAUGAGCAUUUAUUAUUUAGACAUUCUGAUUUCACCAAAAAUGCCACUUGUGGCUAUGAUCACGAUCAUCAACAUGAAAAAGAAGACUUUUUACAAAAAGUGGCCGACAACAAGGUGCCACAUGUUGCCAAUCACAUUGAUGGUGCAGAAUUUAAUCGCAUACUAAGAUACAAACGUUCAUACGAUGAUGACAACAAUAUGAUACGUGGUCCCUAUAAUUCCAAUAAACAUUCCUCGUAUGUGGAAAUUGUCAUUGUGGUGGAUAACAAGGCCUACAAAUCGUUCAAUGAGAACAUGAAGAAGGUGCAUCAGCAUUGCAAGGAUUUGGCCAAUAUUAUGAAUGCGUUAUAUGUCCCUCUGAACAUAUUCAUUGCCCUGGUGGGUGUGGUCAUUUGGAAUGAAUCGAAUGAAAUUGAAAUAACACCAGAUGCUGACAUAACUUUGAGGAAUUUCCUAAAUUAUCGUCGCACCAAACUGGUUUUGGAACAUCCCAAUGACAGUGCCCAGCUGCUGACCAAAAUUAAGUUCGAGAAAGGCGUUGUGGGUAAGGCAUUCAAAGGCCCGAUUUGUACACAUGAAUAUUCGGGCAGUGUCAACGUGGAACACAGUCCCAUUGUGGGCGUUGUAGCCACAACAAUGGCCCAUGAGUUGGGCCAUAAUUUUGGCAUGGAGCAUGAUUCCAGUGACUGCACUUGCCAGGAUGAGAAAUGUAUUAUGUCGGCCAGCAGUACCUCGGUUCUGCCCGUGCAUUGGAGUUCCUGUAGCAUAGAUCAAUUGAAUAUGGCCUUUUCACGUGGCAUGAACUAUUGCCUAAGAAAUAAACCCACCAAACUAUUUGAUUCACCUCAAUGUGGCAAUGGAUUUGUCGAACCCGGCGAACAAUGUGACUGCGGCAUGCCGGCGUAUUGUGAAAACACCUGUUGUGAUCCCUACACCUGUAUGCUUCAUGCAAAUGCCUCGUGUGCUACUGGGGAAUGCUGUGACUUGGCAACAUGUCGUCCCAAAAUGGCUGGCACCCAAUGUCGCAAUUCCGAAAAUGAAUGUGAUUUGCCCGAAUAUUGUACCGGAGAAUCGGAAUAUUGUCCUCAGGAUGUCUUCAAACGGGACACGGAGGAAUGUGAUGGUGGUCAGGCAUAUUGUUUCCAAGGCAAUUGUCGUUCCCACUCGUACCAGUGUCGUGUCUUGUGGGGUCCAACUGGUGAAAAUUCCGAGCCAUGCUAUGCUGAAAUGAACAUACAGGGAAAACGUGGAGGCAAUUGUGGUUACAAUCGUUUGAAUAACACCUUCAUACCCUGCGAGGAGGAACAUGCCCUAUGUGGCAUGUUACACUGCCGCCAUUUAAACGAAAGACUGGAAUUUGGUAUGGAAACAGCUGCGGUGCUUUCACAUUCCUUUAUAACACACGACAAGGAUAUUGUGCCGUGUCGUGCGGCCCUGGUGGAUUUGGGUUUGCAAUCAACGGAUCCUGGUCUAACACCUAACGGUGCUAAAUGUGGUCAAGACAAGAUGUGUGUCAACCAGAAAUGUUUGGCCAUUGAACAGCUAAGGUUAUCGGGCAUGGGUAGAGAAUGUCCCGAGGAUUGUAAUGGCAAUGGUAUUUGUAAUAGCAAGGGGCAUUGCCACUGCAAUAUUGGUUUUACGGGGCCAACAUGUAAAAUGCCCGGUCCUGGUGGUUCAGUGGACAGUGGACCAGCCACCAAUCCCAAUAGCCACCAAGCAUUCCAGCGUUUUAUGUACAUCUUCUUCUUUGCUGUCCUGCCUUUUAUGGCUGCCUUUUGCCUGUUCAUGUAUUACUGCCGUCAUCAUCCGUUCUUUGCCGGUGGCAAGUUGGCCGAGAAUAUUAUCAAAUCAGCAAGCGGUGCUAAACAACCACCCCGUCCACAUGGCAACAAUGGCGCUGGCAAUCAAAUGAAUGCCAAUGGUUUGCCCAAAUCAACGCCCAGCAGUACGGAUGAUAUGAACUCAGCCUUAUUGAAAUCGCCCAGUGACUCGAAUGACAUGGGUAAUGGUUUAUAUGGAAAGUUCAAGGGAUUCACUUUAAGGCCUUUAAAUGAUGCAACAUCGCCAACCAACAACUUUACCGGACCCAAUGUGGCCUACGUCCAGCCAACACUGCAGGACAACUCCAUACAAGUGCCCCAAAGGGCGGCGCCACCACCUCCCGUUAAACCAAGCGAAGUUAAAAUGAAUGGCACGCUUACACGCAAGGCUCCACCACCGCCCGCCACAUGCAAUGGCAUUGCAGCACCUGCCUUGCCACCGCCAAAUCCUGGCUCAACAGCUAGACCUAUUAUUUCCAUGCCGGUAUUGGAAAAUUCCACCCUGGCAUUACCUUUGAAGCCUUCACAUGGCAGUACCACUGAAUUGGCACCCGCCCGUCCUGCACCCCUGGCUCCAGGUGAAAUACUUAAACCGGCGCCACCACCACCUGUACCACUGCACACCGACCCCAAACUCAAUGUACGUAAAGAUGGCACCAUACGCCGGAUCACAUCAUUUUUGAAGAAGGAUGAAAAAUCAGCUCCCGUUAAAGAGAAAACAUAUAUAGAUCGUGAAAAAUUAAAAAAUCUAGAAAUCUCAGCCCCCAUACCCUUGGCACCAACCGGAGAAUCGUCUAACUCAGACUCCGAAUUAACACCCAAAGAAGAAGAAACCAAGAACUUGGUGAAACGUGCCCAAUCCAUGCGUUCACCCACAAAGAAAACCAACAUACAAAGCUUUGGCUCCAUGCGCCAGGCAUCGGCUCCUGGUUCAGCCAGACCUCGCAGUGCUGUUUCGUCACAAACUCUAAAUGGCCAAAGGCCAAAAAGUCCACCACCCAGGCCACCGCCUCUUAAGAAGACCAACUCAACCACUUCAUCAGGCUAUCAGCUGCCAAUUGGUGUGCCUCGUGGGCCCGAGCAUAUGUAUGAUGAUUGUGAGUUUUCCGAAGUGCCUUUGGCCAGUGUUGAGGAACAAGACUCACCACUGCAUAGGGCAUCGGAAAAUGGUGAUAACAUCUAUUCGGUCAUAGAUGAAAUUCCUCCUGCUGCCCAAACAAUGAAACGCAUUGAUUUGGUUGGCAACAGCCAACGUAGCAGUGUGGCCAGCAGCAACGAUCUAGGUUUAUUGGGUGAAAUUGUAACGGAAAUGGAAAAGCGAACUGGUGGAGAAUCUAUUUAUUCGGCAGCAGCCUCCACCCUGGUGAAGGGGAAAAACAAAGAGGACACCGUCAAAGGAAAGGUGGAAGAAACCAAUACAACUUCCGCCAGCAAUAAGGAAUCAACAACAAAUCUCAGCAGCAAACCGCCAACAAAUCCGGCUUCCUAUCUUAGACCAGCUCCGGUCAAUGCACCCAUAGCAAGGGUGGCACCCACCCGUUCAGAUCUAUCACCAACAACAGCAUUUUCUAGUUUCAAACCAAACACAAAUAACGCGGGAGCCACAACAGCAAAUGCAUCGCGUUUCAAUAGCAAAACGAACAACAACAACACCACCACAACUGCAAACAGAGCUAACAGCUUUACAAAGCCCACACAAAAAUCACUGCCGCCCACCAAUAACACCACAUCAAAUCAAAGUUCCACCAACAACAAGCCAGCUAGUGCGACAAUACAAAAACCCAAACCCCUAUCAGCCAAGCCUUCAUUCUCGAGUACAGGCAAAAAACCGGUGCUAGGCUCGGCAGCGCCAUCAACGACAGCCAAGGUGACUCCACGACCGCCCACAGCACCCACAGGGAAAAAUAAUUCCACAGUGGCCUCACUAACGCAACGCUUUGAAAAGCCUGUUCCGAAUGGUAGCACAACAACGACUACAACGUCCUUAAGGAAAUAGUUUAUAGUUCUAAGAUAAGUUCGGCAUUGCCGUAUGGUAUUCUAAAAUUAUGAAAAGAAAAACAAAUAUAUAAAUAUAUAUUUUUUGUUUUAUGUCGUUAACUAUGUAAGCAAAACGCACUGAUUUCUAUGACGAAAAACCAACCCACACCUAUAUAAGAAAACUAAUGCUUAUUAACACAAGUUAUUGGAAGAAAGUGUCAAGCGGCAAUUCAAAGUCCCUAUCUCCAGCCUUUGAAACACAAAGGUUUUAGUUGGACCCCCCUUCCUCAUAUGCUCUUCUUUAGGAUAUUUAAUCGAAAUAAUGCAAUUUUUCUCUUGGAAAAUUCAUUGCAAAAUUCAUAACAAAAAGUGAUAUUCAUUCCUUUUUU